AUGGAUGAUCAACCACAGGAUCCAGCUAACACCAAUAUUGAUGACCAACCACUGGAUCCAGCUAACACCAAUGUCGAUGAUCAACCAUUGGAUCCAGAUAACACCAAUGUCGAUGAUCUGCCUUGGGAUCCAGCUAAGAGAAAAGAGAUAGUGAGUUAUCAUCCGAAUCAAAGAGACGAGGUAAGACGCAAAUAUCUUGUUAGAGGUCCAUGUCAACCUUCUGGUCAUUCUUUUAAAAGAACAAAGAUGAGUAAUGCAACAAGACGAUUUAAUCCAGCUUGGUUUGAAAAAUACGGUACUUGGCUAGAGUAUAGUGUAUCAACAGACAGAGCUUUUUGUUUGUGUUGCUACUUAUUUAAAGGUGACGGACGGAAGCAAGGUGAGAGUGAUGCAUUUGUGAAAGAAGGGUUUUGUCUCUGGAAUAAGCCUGAAAGGUUAGAAACUCACAUAGGCGGAACCAACAGUUUUCACAAUUGUGCUGUAGAGAAGUGUGAUAACUUGAUGAAGCAAGCCCAAUAUUUGUUGCGACAAGGAUUGUCUUUUCGUGGUCACGAUGAGUCAGAAGAAUCUGCCAAUAGAGGAAAUUUCUUGGAACUAGUGAAAUACACAGGAGAACAGAAUGAUGCUAUAAGUAAGGUUAUUUUGAAUAAUGCUCCGAAAAAUAACCAGAUGAUUGCUCCUAAGAUUCAGAAAGAGAUUGUGAAUUGUUUUGCAGAAGAAGUAGUGAAAUCGGUUAUUGAAGAAAUUGAUCAUGGCGUCUUUGGUCUGUUAGUUGAUGAGUCUGCUGAUAUAUCUCACAAAGAACAAAUGGCAGUUGUAUUUCGAUUUGUUGAUAAGAGCGGAGACGUGAAAGAAAGGUUUAUUGGAGUUGUUCAUGUUAAAGAAACUUCGUCUGCAUCUUUGAAGUCUGCUAUUGAUAAUUUAUUUGCUAAGUACGGGUUGAGUUUGAAAAAGCUAAGAGGACAAGGUUAUGAUGGGGCAAGCAAUAUGAAAGGUGAAUUUAAUGGCUUGAGAGCAUUGGUUGUUAGAGAAAACAUUGCAGCAUAUUAUGUUCAUUGUUUUGCUCAUCAACUUCAGUUGGUGGUGGUGGCAAUCGCAAAAAAACACUUUGAGGUGCAGGAAGGAAUUAGUAGUGGUGAGAUUAACACGGGUACUGGAUUAAAUCAAGAAAUUUCGCUACAAAGACCUGGAAAUACUCGUUGGGGUUCUCAUCAGAGAACAUUGCAAAGGAAAGACCAAGAUAUUUUGAAUGCCAUGUCAUUGGUGGAAUCUACUAAGAGAGAAUUACAGAAGCUUAGAGAUGAUGGAUGGGAUUCACUUAUGAAUAAAGUUUCAUCUUUUUGUGAGAAACAUAAUGCUGAACUGCUUGUCAUGGAAGACGUUUUUGUAGAUCCAAGGAAACCAAGAAGAAAAACCAAUAUAACCAACCUACAUCAUUAUAAGGUUAACUGCUUCUACACUAUUAUAGAUUUACAGCUUCAGGAGUUCAAUGAUCGUUUUACGGAGCUAUGGGGAGGUUUUGUCUUUUGA